AUGGGAGACAACAAUGAGGAAGUAAGUCGCACAGAUAUUGUGGUGGCUCAGCCCACCGUGGUAGAGCAAAAUGAGCUAAUUUCGCAACUGAUGCAGCAGAUAGCAGAUAUAAGGGUCGAGAUGCAGCGAAGGCAAGACACGCCUCCACCCGGAUUCGGCCCCAAUUUUAUCGACGCAAGACCUCCUAUGUACUUCCCCUCGUCCAAUGGGGAUCCAACUCAGAACCACCCGUCGACACUCGUACACAACCCGUCUGGGAACGUCCUGAGCCCUUCCAUAGCUCCACCCCUCCCCAAAAGGACCACGUUCCAAAUCCCCGUUCCAGCUGAGCACGAGGUGCACGGUUCUGAGUAUGAUCAUUACGAGGAGCAGGAGAGAGAGUGGAAAGCGAGGAAAGAAGCGAAGAUUGACAUAAAGGAGGAGAUAAAAAGGGCAAUGAAAGAAUUGCAAUGCAUUCUUGACGUCGUCGGGUUAAGUUAUGUGGAACUGUGCAUCCAUCAAGAUUUCAACCUCCCUGAAGGUUUCAAAAUCCCAAAGUUUGAUACCUUCGGAGGGGUGGGCAACCCCAUGGCGCAUUUAAGAGCAUAUUGCGACCAACUCGUGGGAGUUGGCAAAGAUGAAGCUUUGCUGAUGACGUUGUUCAGCUGGAGUCUGUGCGGUGAGGCCCUGGAAUGGUUCACGUUGUACGAAACUCGACAAUGGCCCAGUUGGAGCACACUGGCUAAAGAUUUCAUGGACAGAUUUGCGUACAACGUCGAGAUAGUCCCUGAUCGGUACUCUUUGGAGAAAAUGAAGAAGAAAUUCACAAAUAGCUACCGAGAAUUUGCAUACAGAUGGAGGAAAGUGGCAGUGAGGGUGAGGCCUACGAUGACAGAGAAGGAGAUUGUAGAGGUGUUUGGACGGGUGCAAGAACCCGAAUACUAUGACAGAAUCAUCUUGUUGAUCGGCGCCAUGUUUGCCGAGAUAGUCAAAGUGGGUGAGACUAUUAAAGAUGCUCUAAAGUCGGGGAAGAUAGCCCGAGUGUCUGCAUCGCCUAGAUCUUUCGGACUGGUGAGGAAUAAGAGAGAGGAGGUUGCCGCUAUUUCAUACGGGGGAAGAAAAGUCCCUAGAAACUCCUUGCGUCCUCAAGAUUGCCCCAAGCCUCCACCAAAGUCUCACCAAGCCUAUCUUCCACAAUCCAAUCAUUCCGGCAACUACAAUGCUGCCCCCACUUAUCCAGAAGCCCAAAUUUUGUCAUAUCAGAAUCCACCCCCAAAUCCCCAAAAUUUUCCCUCCAAUGUCGCUCCCAGCUGCACUAAUGUACAAUCAAGAUAUCGAGCACCUUCCCCCAAAUAUCAAAUCCAAACUCCAGCAUAUGAAAGCCCCCUCCCAAAUUGCCAAGCUCCAGUGCAAAACUACCAGACAAAUCCCUACCCUAGAACCCAAGCUCCUCGCCCAAAUGCUCGCAGUUAUCAACAAGUGCCUCCCCCUCAGCAGAGCGGGAAUGAUCCCUCUCGUCCCAGGUUUGAGAAGAAGCCUUCCAGAAACUUCACCGCGCUGGCUGAAAGCAGAACCAAGCUGUUCGAAAGAUUAUUCGCGGCCGGAUACAUCCACCCUGUGGGGCCCAAGCCCGUGGAUGUUAACUCCAAAUUCUACAAACCGGAGCAGAGAUGUGCUUAUCAUUCCAACAGUGUUGGACAUGACACCAAAGACUGCAUCAAUCUUAAGCACAAGAUCAAGGAUUUGAUCGACCAGGAAGUGGUCUCCCUUAAGCCUGUGGAGCCGAACGUCAAUACCAAUCCAUUGACGAAUCAUGGGGGUGGGAACAUCAACAUGAUAGAAACUGACGAAAAUGAGCGUGAAACCAAGAGGAUUACUCCUGUUGUGCAGGAAAACUUGGAAAAUUUGCCGAGAUGGAAUUGUUUUGGGGAGGGGGCUGUUUAA